AUGCUCUGUCCGGGUAAAAAUUUUGUUGGUGGUAUAACAUGGUAUUCACCUAGUUUUACGCAACCGGGUGAAUUUAAAUUUUGUGAAGAAUGUUAUAACCAAUUCAUCAGAAACACACCUUUAAGCGUAUAUAUGCGAAAUGAUGGAAUUCAAAUUGCCACUUGUGACUUUUCACCCAGUAUAAAACAGCGAUGGUUCAUGUCUGUAAGCGAAAAUAACAUAAAUAUAUUUAUUCAGUAUGUUGAGCCAAAAUUAAGACGUACUCGUGAUGUGCGAUCUCGUCUAUUCCAAUUACAAGCCCUUAAAUCCUUAGAAUCAGAACGAAGAUCUGCAUUAGUAACCUCACAGUUAAGUCGUCGUGGGCGAGGUUAUGCUUUAGAUCUUCUGUCUGAUAGUGUACCAGAAUAUUCCGUUAAUCGUCGAUUUUAUCGCGGCCACAAUUCUGGUGAAGUUGCUCAAUUGCAAAUCCAAAUCGAUGAAUCUUAUAGAAAAUAUAAUAGUUAUGUCGAGGAAACGACAUUAUUAGAACAUGAACUUGCCAACUUAUGGUAUAAUAAUUAA